AUGCUGGGCCCAAGGCCCCGGGCAUGGCCUGCCUCCAGGCUCCUGGGUCCCGGCACCUCCUGGCUCCAGCGGCACGGGCACGCACUCCCUCUCGCCCUCCCUGGCGCGCCCUCUCGAAGACGCAGCCCGCUCGGCAUGGCCAGCGACUACCUGAGUGGGCUGGACCUUCCCGCAUCCGACUACUCCUCUGACGAGGACGAAGGGGACAUUUCGCUGGACGAGGGGGGCCCGUGUCUGACGUACGAGGCGCUGCGGCUGGAGGGCGCCGGCGAGGAGCGCUCCGUCGCCCGUUUCUCCUUCGCGGUCUCGGCCGUGCCUAGGCAGGAGCUGGUGCAGCUGGUGUACCUGCCCUUCACCUUGCCAGAGGAGCCUGGGCGCCUCACGGCGCUGACAGCCGGGCUGCUCAACUUGGGGAUGGUCCUGCUUCUCUGGCCGUGGAUGUCCUUCGCGCCGCGUCGGCUGCGCGUGGCGGCUUGCGGGCUGACCGCGGAGCAGGUCUCCUGGUGGCGGUGGUUCUACAAGCGGAUACUGACGGAGUGGGCCGUGGUGAACGGCCGGAACCUCUUCUCGAAGAGGGGAGGACGACCUCGAGAUCGACGCGCAGGGCACCGCGCCCGCCGCCGCCGUGCCCUGGGCGCCGGCGGCGGGCACGCGUGCGGGUAG